CAGAGCUCAUCGCACACACACAAACACACUAACACACACACAGACACACACACAGUCCUGGGGGGUGAGUUUGGAGACGAACUAUAAGCUACUAGGAUGUUCAGAAAUACACCUUGAGAGGCCAACACAGAAAAGUAAAGAAUGGACAGAAGACUAACAACGCUUCUGAAGCUGCUCAGCUUUGCUGCACUUCUUGGUUGUGCUCGGAGCCAGUGUAAACCAGGCUGGAGGGAGUACCAAGACACAUGUUACUACUUUUCAACUGACACAAAGUCGUGGCCGGAGGCCAACGCCUUUUGUCUGGAGCAGAACAGCAACCUGAUGAGCAUUCAGAACAUUCAAGAGAGGUUAUGGGUGAGGACACAAAUCGGCACGGAUUCCUACUGGUUCGGCCUGAAUGACCAAGUCGUAGAAGGUGUCUACGAGUGGAGCGAUGGGAGUCCUUUCAUAGUAUACCUAUCAUUCUGGAUGCUGGGCCAGCCUGAUGACUAUAAUAAUGAGGACUGUGGGGUGAUAUCAGGAAGUGACAGUGGACACUGGAAAGACGAAAACUGCAGCAACAAGUUUAAAUACAUUUGCAAGCACGUCAAUGAAAACCCUGGUCCACACUGUGACUUAGCCAGUGGCUGGAGGCAGCAUGGCUCCCAGUGCUACAAGCUUAAGGCGGACACCAGGAAGAGUUGGGCUGCAGCCCGGGCCGACUGCGUGCAGGAGGGGGGGGACCUAGUCUCCAUCAUGGAUGUGGAAGAAAACAAUUAUGUGACAGGAUCGCAGGAUCAAACACAUCUUGACACCUGGAUUGGGCUUUCCACUCUGAAAUGCAACAGGAUUUCAUGUCAAGUCGAAUCGGGGAACCCUAACUUUGCCUGGUCUGACUCUCAACCGGCGUCGUACAGAAACUGGGCCGGAGCUGCACCCACGCCUGACCCUGCAGGCUCGUGUGUCGCGAUAAUAAGAGACACAUCGGACACUUUUGGAAAGUGGAGGUCCCACCAGUGCAGACACGAGCGUCCUUACAUGUGUGAACGUCCUCUGAACACCAUCUGCGCUUCUGGCUGGCUGAGCUUCAACGGCAGUUGUUACUGGUUCGUCAGCAACAUCAACCGCUUGACGACCUGGCACGAAGCUUCCAACGCGUGUGAAGAAAUGGGGGCUCACCUGCUCAUUAUAAACAAUCAAGAAGAGCAGUUUUUCAUAAACGGGAAGCUCCCCGACUUCCAUCAAGUGGACAUCCCCGACAUCUGGAUCGGUUUAUCAGACAUGUACAAGGACGGGGAUUUCAAAUGGGUGGAUAAAACCACGACCAAGUACUCAAACUAUGGUCCUGGUUGGCCCAGAAACACCCAAGGCAGCUGGGACUGUGGACAGAUCUUCACCGGCAACUACGAGGGCAAAUGGGAAACAACCAACUGCUUCAAGAGCCUGGGCUACGUUUGUGAAAUGACCGGUGGACAGAACCCGAAGCCUCCUUCUCCUCCUGACUCCCACUGUGAUCCUGGAUAUUUGCUGUACGGGAACUUCUGCUAUCAUUUUGAGUCGGAGAACGUGAAAAACUGGCACGACGCCGAGGCUCGCUGUAAAAAUGAGCAGGGUCACCUGGUCAGCGUGCACUCACAGGAAGAGCUGAGCUUCCUGACCGCUCACAUGCCGGGGGAAGGCUGGAUGGGUUUGAACGACAUCAACGCAGAGGGCCAGUUUGUGUACACCGAUGGAACACCAGCGGACCUCGUCCAGUGGGCUACGGGCCAGCCAGACAACUUUGAGGACGAGGACUGCGUGCUCAUCUAUGGAAUGAAUCACGACCAACCUGGGAAAAUGAGUGACGCCGUCUGCUCCACCACAAAGGACUAUAUCUGCAAAAAAGCCAAGGGACAAGGACCCCCGCCUCAGCCUCCAACGUCUGGACCAGGAUGGAACGACAAAUGUGGCUCUUGGACGGCGGAUCCUUUCAACGACUACUGCUACCUGUUUAACUUCCUGUCCACGAGGACGUGGGCGGAGGCCCGGGCCGACUGUGUCAACCAGGGAGGAGACCUCAUUAGCAUCACCGACCCCUAUGAACAGGCCUUCGCACAGGGUUUGAUCCAGCAGAGUCCCACUGGGAUCUCCAUGUGGACGGGCGGCCACGACUCCAUCACCGACAGCGGCUGGGAGUGGACGGACGGCUCUCCUUUCAGAUACGUCCGCUGGAAUACAGGUGACCCGGACAACCUCUACGGCGAAGACUGCCUGUCCAUACUUAUCAACAACGGCUACUGGACUGACGAAAACUGCCAGAACAAAAGAGGAUACAUCUGCAAGAGGAGAGGAAACACACCUAAGCCUCCUCCACCUCAUGAUGGUUUCAUGACGGCGCUGGUGUGCCAGGACUCGAGCGCCGUCCUCCAUUGUCCACAGGAAAGUGUAAUUAACAUCCAGUCUGUCUUCUACGGACGGAGGAGUCAGGACAUCUGUCCACAUCUGGGUGAUUCAGGAGGCAGCUGCACCGUAUCAGGCCUUCUUCCUAAAUAUAGAAAGAUGUGCGACAACCGUCCUUUCUGCUUCGCGUACGCUCACGUGGAUCAGGACCCCUGUCCCACCGUUUCCAAGUACCUUGAGAUCGUCUACAGCUGCGAGCAGAAAGUGUGUCUACAAGGCCUGGGUUUGGAGAACGAGACCAUCCCCGACAGCCAGCUCUCUGCCUCCUCCUCCCUCGGUUCCUUCACUGCCAGCCAAGGUCGUCUGAAUGGAAAUUCCUGCUGGAUGCCUUCGGGAAACCCUACUUCGAGCUGGUUCCAGGUGAAUUUGGGCGAGAUCAGAAAAGUCACCGGGAUCGUGAUCCAGGGUUGUCCUCAGAACGACAACUGGGUCACCAAAUUUAAACUCCAGCACAGUAAGAAUGGAGCAACCUGGACGAACUACGAGGCCGAUGGAGGGGUUUUCCCAGGCGCAAUAGACAGAGACACCCCUGACACUCAGCUGCUGGGAACGCCCGUGUCGGCUCGGUUCAUCCGCGUCCUUCCCAUGGAGUUCAGCGGCCAAGCAGGCCUUCGCUUAGAAGUCUUAGGAUGCACACCUGACUAUGCAGUAACGUGCGCCACCAAGCCCAGCUUCAACUUCACUGAUAAAAUGACCGUCCACUGUCCGGCAAACUGCGCCCGUGAGGAUUACACGGUGUUUGGCACCACAGUGUAUCGCGGGGACUCAAACAUCUGUGCAGCAGCCAUCCACGCUGGAGUCGUGCUAAACGAGAACGGAGGAGACUGCACCUUGUUGAAAACCAAAGGACCGGACUCCUACAUCGCCUCCACCCGGAACGGAAUCACAUCCAGAGAGUUUAACGGAAACUACGACGUGUCUUACACUUUUGCUGAUGGAGAGUUGAGGUGUUCAGGACUUGACUGGUACGAGUUUGGGGAUUUCUGCUACAAACCUUUUCAAAACAAGAAGACGUGGCACGACGCUCAGAACACCUGCAAGGAUCUUGGCGCCAACCUGGCGUCCAUCCUGUCGGUGCAGGAGCAGAGCUGGGUGGAGAGCUACCUGUACAUGGCCACCGACAAUGUGUGGACUGGUUUGAAUGACCUGCUCAUCCCUGGUUGGUUCACCUGGUCUGAUGAACACUUGGCGACCUUCACCUACUGGGCUCCAGGGCAACCAAACAACCACGAAGGGUUCAGCGAGAACUGUGUGGAGAUGUCAUACCAGUCGGGUCGAUGGAACGACCAGUCCUGCUCAGAGCUAAACACCUACAUAUGCAAAACGCCCAAAGCACACUACCCAGUUCCUUCUGUGAAGCCCACCGUGUACGGAUGUCCUGAGGGAUGGAGUGCGUACGGCUACUCCUGCUACUGGAUGGAGGAGGCCACCAUGACCUGGUCUGACGCUAAAGACUUCUGCACAGCCAAGGACGGCUUCUUGCUGCACAUCGGAGACGUCUACGAGCAGUCGCACUUUACCGUGGCGCUGGCAGGAAAGACCGGCAUGUGGUGGAUUGGCUUGCGUGCGCGCGGCGGGACGAGCGGCGGCGUGGACUACGUCUGGGACAACGGCUCGCCCCUCACCUUCACUCACUGGGACAGAAACCAGCCAGAUAACACUGAUGGCACGUGUGUGGCCAUGACAACGGGUCAGGUUGGCGGUUUCUGGGAUGACAAGCAGUGCUCGGAGAAAUUCGCCUUCUUCUGCGAAAAGCACAGGCCGGACAUCAGCCCGCCCACCCAGCCUCCCACUCCGCCACCUUCCCAGGGCUGUGCUAACGGCUGGACGGCCCUGCCUCACUUCAGGCACUGCUACAGGCUCUUCCACAACGUGGACUGGUCCAUGAAGAAGAGCUGGCAAACGGCGCACCAGGACUGUGUGGCCAGAGGGGCUAACCUGGUCAGCAUCCACAGCCAGGAGGAGGAGGAGUUUCUGUCCCUGUACACCAAGGGCACCAGCAAGUGGAUCGGCCUCAAGCACAACCCUACGGAAGGAGGAUACUCCUGGAGCGACGGCACGCCCGUGUCCCACACCAACUGGGGUCCCGGCGAGCCCAACAACCACGACGACCGCGAGGACUGCGUGGAGAUGGUGAGCAACUUCAACGGGACCUUCUCCUGGUGGAACGACCUCAACUGCGACGCUCAUCAGGACUGGAUAUGCAUGAUCGCCAAAGGGAAGAACCCCGUCGAGCCACCGGAGCCUCCAUCUCCUGUCCCAGCUCCUGAGUGUGGCUCCAACCCCGGCUGGAGGAAGAACAACGACAUCUGCUACUACUACAACGACACCGACAUCGUGGACUUCCACACGGCGCAGAGGCGCUGCUACGCCGAGAAGGCCAGACUCGUCUCCAUCCUCGACAAAAACGAACAGGCCUACGUUAACAGCAUGGUGGGAACAGGGGAGGUCGCUGCAGCCUGGAUUGGAAUGAGGGUGUUGGGCAUCGCAAGUGAACAAUACAUAUGGGUCGACCACUCCCCUGUGACCUACACCCACUGGGGUUCGGGCGAGCCCAACAACGCCAACGGGGAGGAACAGUGCGUUCAGAUGCACAGACUUCAAGGUGGAUGGAACGAUGCCAACUGCGGUCGGCCCGAAGCGGGAUACGUCUGCAAGAAGUUCCCCGGAGAUGACCACACCCCUGCUCCACCCACACAGCCCUGGGAGGGAAACUGCCCUGAAGGUUGGAUGCGUUUUAAGGACAAGUGCUUCAUGUUCAAAGGGAAGAAGGACGAUAUCAAAGCCAACUGGUCUUACGCUCGGAGCUGGUGCAGAGAUCAGGGAGGAGACCUGGCCGUUAUCGAUAACCAGUAUGAGAAUGACUUUGUGACCAGUUACCUGAAGGACCUGGAGCACCCAACGUGGAUCGGCCUCACGGAUCUGUUGGUGGAGAACCAGUACGCCUGGAGCGACGGGGUCAGCCCGGUGCUGUACACCAACUGGAACGACAAGGAGCCCAACAACGCGGGAGGAACGGAACACUGCGUGGCCUUGACUCACAGCAUCGUGUCGAGCGGGAAAUGGAACGAUGACGCCUGUCACAAGGAGCAAAGCUUCGUCUGCUCCAGGAUGAAAUCAAGUAGCAUCGACCCUCCCCAAACACACAACCCCUGCCCGGACGGCUACGCCUCCUGGUACCAGAACUGCUACAAGCUGGUGGAGGAGGCGGCCACCUGGGACGCCGCUCAGGCAGCCUGCCAGGGGGAGGGCGGGAACCUGGUCAGCAUCGACAUGAGCUACGACCAAGCCUUUGUCGCCGGCGUGGUCCUGCAGGGAAAAGCUGACGCGUGGAUCGGACUCAAGCGUAAGGAAGACGGCUUCUACGGGUGGACAGACGGCUGGCCGGUGUUUUUCACACAGUGGGGACCGGGAGAGCCCUCCAACAUCGAGAAUGAGGGCUGCGUUAGCAUGCACGCCUCCAGAUUUUUCCACGGGACCUGGAACGACACCAAGUGUGACCUGUCUAAACCCUUCAUCUGCAAGAUAUCCUCAGAGAAACCGCCACCGACUCCCGCCCCUGAAGACGGGAAGUGUUUGCCGUUCGCGGUCCCCUACGGCCGCUACUGCUACUACGUGUACAACGGCCAGCAGGGCUUCUCCUGGCCCGAGGCCCGGCACUACUGCCAGUCGGGCAACUCGGAGCUGGUCUCCAUUCACAGCAGAGCGGAGCUGGAGUUCAUCAGGAACCUCAACUACACCAAAUAUCACCACGUCUGGAUCGGCCUCACGCGCGACAACAACUUCGGCUGGGGGUGGACAGAUCAGACGCCCGUGGAGUUUCUCAACUGGGCCCCCGGAGAACCCAACACGGCCUUUCACCCCGGACAGGCGGGCGAGGAGAAAUGUGUGGAGAUGUACCAGGACGGACGGUGGAACGACAACAACUGUCUGGAGAAGAGAGGGUUCGCUUGCCGCCACCGCAAAUUUUUCGCAACAGAUGAAGACAAAAAUCCAAUUUUUCCAACUGAUGAUCCAGGCAUCAGCCAUGGAAACGGAGCUGUAGUCGGCGCCGUCAUCGGAGCCGUCGUGUUCAUCUGCUUGAUCCUCGUAGCGCUCUUCUACGUGUUCAAAGUGCGCGGAUACAAACUGAGCAGCCUGAGCUUUCCGACGAGAUCCAGUAAAAUCGAUGUGCCUGCUUUCAACAACCCCAACUUUGGAGAAUCGGACUCAUAAAUCACCAGGCUUUGUACAGAACAUCAACGUGGACGCUUUUUUCUUUUUUUUUUAAACAAAUAAUUGUAGCUUAAAAGUCUCUGGAGUUUUGCAUUUGUUAUCGAGGUCAUUUAAAAUGGUGGCGUAGUAUUGAGGUGUUUCUAAUUUUGUGUCUCAUUUACAAACAUGAAAAUAUAGGGCAAACUAAUAUACGUGACACAACUAAAUUCAUCUUCUACUGUGUAAAUCUUUUCUUUGGGAUAAAUAAAAAAAAGUAAAUGACAGUAAA